GUUCACGUCCAAAAAUGUCACAGCGUAUGUACCUCAAGCCUCCGCUGUGAGGCCUAUGGACUAACCAUUCUGAUCGUGAAAUCCAGCUGCAAACCAAUUUGAGCUCUCUAGCCCUCCAGAAGAUGUAAUUUCUUCCCUCACCUUUUCCCCGAAUGACCCCUCGCGCCUCCUUGUCUCCUCCUGGGAUAAGAAUGUCCAUCUUUACGACACAAAUGCUGGCCUGAAUGGCUCGAAACUGACUGCAUUCCCUCAUGCAGCGUCGGUACUGGACUGCUGUUUUGGCGAGACGGACGGCAAUGUGUUUUCGGCCGGACUGGAUUGGCAGGUUCAACAGUGUGGCCCCCUUCCUCCCUCAAGCCACUGGGUUUAUAUUCACUGAUGGAAAUAAUGUGCAGGCUCGAUCCCGAGACCGGUAAAGGGGGCACCCUAGCCACACACGAAAGCGCGGUCAAAUCCAUUUGCUACAAUACGGAAACUAGUACCUUCUCCCCUUAUCCCAUUUCAAGCUCCACAUGCUGAUUGCUCGUAGGAUCUCUCCUGAGCGGCUCUUGGGACCAGUCAAUUAAACAGAUCGAUCCCAGGUCUCCAGAAUCCACUAGCUCCCACGCCCAACCGCACAAAAUAUUCUCAUUGUCGACAAUCUCACAUAUACUAGUUGUUGCCAUGUCGUCCCGCUCGGUCUAUCUCUACGAUCUACGCAAUAUGUCCUCCCCUUGGCAGCGCCGCGAGAGCUCUCUCAAGUUUAUGACCCGCACGGUACGCUGUAUGCCCAACGCCCAGGGCUACGCGAGCAGCAGCAUCGAAGGAAGGGUAGCUGUAGAAUUCUUUGAUCCGAGCGAUGAGAGCCAAAAGCGAAAAUAUGCUUUCAAGUGUCACAGGUCUGCGGAGGGUGGUGUGGAUGUCAUAUACCCCGUGAAUGCGUUGGCAUUCCAUCCGAUGUGAGCUUUUUCCUUUUUUUUUUUCGCUUCCCUUUCGAGGUUGGUUGAGCUGAUUGGAUAGCUACGGAACGUUCGCGUCCGGCGGUGGCGAUGGAGUUGUCAGUCUUUGGGACGGAAUGGCCAAACGUCGGUUAAAGCAAUAUCAGAGAUAUCCUGCCAGUAUCGCCGGGCUCUCGUUCAGCAACAACGGAAAAUACCUCGGCAUCGGGACCAGUAGUGGGUUUGAAGAUGGCAAGGAUGAUGGAGCCUGUCCCCCCGAAUCCGUCAAGAUUAUUGUCAGAGAGCUCCAGGAGAGCGAAGGGAAGGGGAAGGGACAGUAGUGGCGACACCGGUAUCAUUUUUAAAGCGAUCUGGUUACUGUACUGUAUUAUAGACUGAGCAGACAGUCAACGGAGUUUUUUUUUCCUUUCCUCCUCCCCCAUCGUCCGGGGCCCUGUUCUCUAGGAUGAAGCUGGCGUAAAAGCGCACUCGAUUCAGAAAAGGAGUUGGUGUGUAUGAUACAGUACAGUCAGCACUUUGCGAUUUCUGGUGUACUCGUAAAGGCAUCACCGAAUCUUGCUACUUGUAUCAUAGUCUGCCCAAUAGUGAAGCGAUCCUGACGCGUGGCGGGCUUGGGGGGGAGAUACAUGGUAAAAAUGGACGCCACAGGUUGUGACCCGAUAGUUGACAGUUCAGUCGACAACCUCCAAACAGUCCACCGACUCGAGAAUACGAUUUUCGCUUCCAGUGAUGCUAUGAGUACAAGUAGAAGAUGAUGUUGUGAUACGGCGGAACCAAAUCCCAGCACCCGUGGGGGUGCUGCGAGAAAUGGCACACUACGUCAUAUCAUAUCAGACCUUCCCUCCGCCUGGCAACCCCCUCCCUCUCCACUCUUCCCUCGCCCUCUCCCUCUCUCCUCAACGGGCCUCCAGUCCAUCACCCCCUCGCACUCGAGUACACAGUACACUGUGCCCACCCUUCAGCCUGACUAAUCUAUCAUACUCGCAUCAAUCAAUCUAUAUGAUAGUCACCUGACCCCACCAACCCCAAACCGUGACGGGGGGAAACCCAACCCAAAAUCCAAACCGCACAAGGAAGAAAUAGGAACCAACCAACCCCAAGCCUAAAGUGUAAAAAAGGGAAGAGAAAAAAAAGAAAAAAAGGCCGGUAGUCUACCCUAAACAAUCCCGUCCAUUCUCACACCCACAUAGACAUACCACAUCCCAUACACCCAGCAAUCAACAGUCUAUUUAUCAACCAACGGACGGAUCACUUCACGUCCAUCAUCGGCAAACAUGCAAACCCGGACCAUGAUAAUCAUCGGCGCAACAACGCUCGUAACGUUGGGUGGCGGUGAGUCCCUUUCCCCUCCUGCUUUGUUAUCGGUGAUUGGGUGGAUGUGGGUUGUCACUCCUCCAUCUGUCAUCAGCCCCACUACCGUACUCGUACUCAAUCAAACACAUACUGACGUUGUUACUAGCUUGUGAACCCCCCCCCCCCCCACCCUCGCCCCCCCCGCUCCCUUCCCCCCGCCGUAGGGGAGGAGGGGGGGUGAUAGUUCGAGGCUAAUGUAUGGCAGACGCAGUCUACUUCGACUACAAACGGCGCAGUGACCCGAACUUCCGCAAAGCUCUCCGCCGGUCAGCGAAGAAGCACCUAAAGUCGCAGAAGGCGCAGGCCGAAGCAGCGAACGCCGAGCAGCGGCGUACGUUGAUCCGCGCCGUGGCCGAAGCUCAGGCGGAGGGUUUCCCAACGGAUGUGGAGGAGAAGGAGGCUUAUUUCAUGAGUGAGGUUGCGCAGGGGGAGGGAUUGUGCCAGGAAGGUAUGAACCCUCGCUCCCAAAGGGCGUUCCAUUUGAGGGAGAGGAAGAGAAGGGGGAAAGCUGAUCGUGGGGCGCGAGGGGGGGAGUAGAGGAUAGGGCGUUAGAGGCCGCUCUUUGCUUUUACAAGGCUUUGAAAGUGUACCCUCAGCCGAAGGAUUUGAUAUCGAUCUAUGAUAAGACCGUGCCGAAGGUAUAUCCCCUCCCUCCUUCUGCUCUUCAUUCGGGGGCUAUGCUAAAAAAAGCAGAACGUGCUCGACAUCCUGGCCGAAAUGAUCGCUACGGAUGGGAGUAUUCCUGUCGGGGGGAUGUCGCCCCCCGGUAGUGCCGCCGGUGUUGAAUAGUGGCCAUCUCGUGCCACCCCCCCCGUCACCUCAUUCCCCCCCUCCCUCUGUUAAAUUUUUAUGCACAUAUAUAUAUAUAUACAGUGGCCGGCGGCCGGCCAGACGUACGGGCAGGUUGAUAGGUGCGAAUUGGCGGUGGCGGGGGCAGAGGCAGAGGGGGAAAAACAAAAAAUCUACACCACAAAAGUAAAUUGUAUUCUCUGGGUUACAUUUUGCAUUCGUUCAUUUUCGUUUCCCCAUUUCUCCAUUUAUUCAUUUCCUCCUACGUUCCGGGUUUCUUUGUCCCAGUAAGGGAGGCUAUUUAUGUUUUCCUCUUCUCUCUGCUCUUUUUUUUACUACUUCUUGGUUGGCUUUUUUUUUCUUUUUCUUUUCUUCUCCCUUCUUUUCCCUUUUUUCCCUUCUUCCUCUGCUUCGGGGGUGGUGGGUGGAGGUGGGGGAUUGUAAAUAAGGCAUCUACUCACGAAAAUUAGAAAGCCUGUGCUGGAGGGAGAUCAACCACAUGAUAUUCCCACUGUGUAGUCGACCUUUGAUGUAUUCCGCGAAAGCGAUACCACGACUAAAGCAGCGGUAUCUCAUCCCGUGUAAUUACCGGCAAAACAGAUGAAAAGCAAUAGGAUACCCAUCAAAACUCCCCUCACCAAAUAUUAAAAUCCCAACAAGUCACGGAGAAUCACUUGCA